GGCUAUAUCACAGGCUAAAUAAGUAAAUAUUGCAGCUCUCGACAAAAAAAAGUUUAUUUUCAAAGUUCAAAAGUGACGGCAAGACAAAGUUGAACAAAAAUAAAGUCAAAGAAGGCAGAAGCCGAACCUUUAAUGACAAAGGCAACAAAUUCUCUGCUGUUUUAACUCCUGAAGACAUACUCCACGCAAGACAGAGAUCUUCGUGCUUAGCUGACCAUAUUCUGCAAGCUGAAUCUCACACAGAUAAAAAAUUUCAAACCAGACCAAUUCACCUUUGAGGAUUCAUGGGUAGCUUUAAUAUUGAAACUAUCAUCUCAAUCUUCCUCUCUUCAGUACUCAUCUGCUUUACCUCCCUUCAAUUCUUUCCACCAGCUCAAGCAGCAAGCUACCUCACACCUCAUCAGCCUCUCACCGCCGGCAACACCCUGGUCUCCGACGGUGGGAUCUUCGAGCUCGGCUUCUUCAAGCCAGGCAGCUCAAACAGAAGCUAUGUGGGUAUAUGGUACUGCAACUCUGGAGGCAACAGAAUUGUCUGGGUUGCUAACCGAGACUCACCAAUCUCUGACUCCUCAGGCACGCUCGGCAUCGCCGCAGAUGGCAAUCUCGUCAUGCUCGACGGAAAUAAGAACAUUCUGUGGUCAUCCAACAUCUCCUCAACUUCAAAUAGUAACAUAACAGCCAAGCUGCUUGACACCGGCAACUUAAAGCUUAACAACCCCAGUGGGAGGCUAUGGCAGAGCUUUGACCACCCAACUGACACAUAUCUCCCUGGCAUGAGAGUUGGGCUUGAUCUCCGAACCAACAAGAAUCAGGUGCUCACCGCCUGGAGGAGCCGCGACGACCCGGCUCCAGGCAGAUUUUCCUUGGGCCAUGACCCAACCAGGUCGACACAGCUCUUCGUAUGGGAGGACGGCUUACCGCGGUGGCGCUCCGGUAUGUGGAAUGGCCAGGUGUUUAUUGGGGUUGAAAGCAUGAUCUACGCCUACUCCUAUGGCUUCAAAUUAAGCAACAUUGAUGAGGAGCAGAAGAUGUAUUACUACAUCAAUUCCAACAGCUUUCAAUACUGGGUUCUAACUCCAGAAGGCAUUCACAGGCACUUCAGACGGAAUGGGGACGGCUUCUCCUGGAGCCAAUUUUGGGCAGCACCAGUUGCUGUGUGUGACGAGUACAAUAAAUGUGGAAAUAAUGGCGGUUGCAACAAUGGGAAGACACCUAUCUGCGACUGCUUGACUGGAUUUGUACCAAGAUCAAGUGGUCAAUGGAAGAGUGGCAACUGGAUUGUGGGGUGUGUAAGGAGGACGAAGCUGGCAUGCCAUAGGAAUGAAAGUACUGGGGGCAAGGAAAACAAGCCUGAUCAAUUUUAUUUGAUGCAAGGAAUGAAGCUGCCAGAUUUGGCAAUCAUUAUUCACAUUGCUUUGGAUUUGACCACUUGCCAAGCAGAAUGUAUGAGGAAUUGCUCUUGCAUUGCUUUUAGUUUUGUGACAGGGAUUGGGUGUCUGACAUGGGGAGAAGAAAUGAUGGACAUUCAGAUCUUUUCCAAAGGCGGAAACGACUUAUAUAUCCGUCUCGCAGGUUCAGAAUUUCGCCAUGAAAUUGGAAAAAUUAUCAUGAUCGUAACAUUAGUUGCAGUUUUCAGUUUUGGUUCUCUUGGAUGCGUCUUCUUAUUGUGGAAGUACAAAAAAAGAAUAAAAGGUUCAUUACGCAAUGACAUUGUUCUCCACAAAGUUUGUAUUAAUCAGAAUAUAUAUGUACUGAUAUCACCUCUUCAAAUCUGUCCAGAACACUUUAAGCAGAGGAGCCAGCAAGAAGAAAUGACAGCGUUUUUUGGUUCAACAGAGGUUCAAGAGGAAGCGAAAGAUGCAAAGCAAUAUGAAUUACGUUCUUUUAGUUUGCGUGAUAUGGUUGCAGCAACAGACAACUUUUCUUAUGAAAAUCUGCUCGGUGAAGGAGGCUUUGGUCCUGUUUACAAGGGGAUGUUGCCCGGGGGCCAACAGAUAGCUGUUAAAAGACUUUCUAAGGAUUCCACUCAAGGCAUGGAGGAAUUCAAGAAUGAGGUCAAACUAAUUUCAAAAUUACAGCACUCGAACCUGGUGAGAUUACAAGGUUUCUGCAUCCAAGGAGAAGAUAUGAUGCUAAUUUACGAGUACAUGGUUAACGGAAGCUUGGAAGCUUUUCUUUCUGGUUCAAGUAGAAGAGAACAGCUGGAAUGGCAGACGAGAUAUAAUAUCAUUGAAGCAAUUGCUCGAGGACUCCUCUACCUUCAUCGAGACUCGCGUCUAGGAGUCAUUCAUCGCGACUUGAAAGCAAGCAACAUUUUAUUGGACGAGGAGAUGAACCCAAAAAUUUCAGACUUUGGCAUCGCAAGAAUAUUUGGAAAGGAUAGCAAUGAAGCAAAAACAAAACGAGUAAUUGGAACAUAUGGCUACAUGUCACCAGAGUAUGCCAUGCAAGGACUAUUCUCCAUAAAAUCUGAUGUUUAUAGCUUUGGAGUAUUACUCCUAGAGAUUAUCAGUGGAAAGAGGAACAGCACAUACCAACACCCUGAAUCGUAUCUACACCUCCUACCAUAUGCUUGGAAGCUAUGGAAUGAGAAUAAUGAGAUGGAGCUAGUAGAUCCAUUAAUAAGAGACUCGUGCCAGAUGAAAGAAGUAUCCAGAUGCAUCAAUGUGGGUCUCCUAUGUGUUCAGGAUCAAGCUACAGAUCGGCCAACUAUGUCUUCAGUAGUCAAGAUGUUAGAGUUGAGAACCACUACACAUCUCGUGCCAAGGGAACCAAUAUUUGCCUUGGGUAAAAGCCCAAACAAGAGAAAAUCACCAAAUCCCAGUCAAGAGGAAGCCAGUAAUGAUGUUUCAAUCACUCUAUUGACAGGUCGAACAUAGUUUUUAUUCUUUUUAAAGUAGAUUAGACUUGAUAUGUACCGGUUUUGAAAUGGAUUCAUCGAGGAUGGAAACACUUGAAGAGAAAGAAAAGUAGGAUAAGACAUUUUAAUCA